AUGAGCAUUACGCCGUGGCACUACCAUUCCCAGACCCAGCUGCUGUUGCCUCUUCUCCUGAUCGCCCUUGCGGCGGCCACCCGGUUGGUGGUCCUAGGAGCCGCUGCUGAAAAGCAGGGGCAGCCAAUCACACUUCCGGGUUGCCCAGACAAGUGCGGCGACAUUAGCCUCCCGUUCCCGUUCGGCCUCGCCGCCAUGCCCGGCUGCUUCCUUGAGGGCUUCGAGGUCUCCUGCAACGACUCCUUCGACCCCCCUCGAGCCUUCCUUGCUUACCCAGGUUUAUCCCAGAGUGUGACCCGCUACUCCUACAUCUACUCGGGGGCGGCGAACAUCACUGGCCGGGUGCGGGACAUGAAUAUCACGGACGCGGUGGCGCCGUUCGAGCUCAUUGGCGUAUCAUCCGCCAAGGGCGAGGUGCAGGUGUACGGCGCUGUAGCAUCCGUCUGCAGCACAAAUGCUGACAACUUUGUCAAAACUAGACAGGCUACAUAUUUGGUAGACACGCUCAGCAUCAACGGGGAGGGGCCGUCGCCGUUCCUCCUGUCGAUGACGCGCAAUGUUCUCGUCGGCAUCGGCUGGGACGUCGAUGCUAUGGUCUCCAGCAGCAUCGGGGGGAAGGUCGGAAACAGCUACUUCCUCACCUGCGAGUCAGACCUCAGGGGCAACCUGCACGACGCCACCAAUGGCUCCUGCUCCCGGCGGGGCUGCUGCCAGGCCUCCUUCCCGGAAGCGGCUCCCCUCGACAGGUUCUCUGUCAACGUGGAUGGGCCCUAUAACAACACCCUGUGGGAGACCAACCCGUGCUCCUAUGCCAUGGUGGUGGAGAGUUCGUGGUACAACUUCUCUACGCCGGACUUGUACGGCGACGAGUUGCAGCGCAAGAUACUGCCAAGGGGCGUGCCGUACGUGCUGGAUUUCGCCAUCCGGAGCGGAUCAUGUCCACCCGAAGGGCAGCCGUCUCCCGUGUGCGCCAGCGCCGACAGCUAUUGUGCCAACGCAACCAGGGGGCCUGGCUUUGUCUGCAAAUGCUUGCCCCACUAUGAGGGUAACCCUUACAUCACCGGUGGAUGCAAAGGUACUAUAUACUACUACUCGCACUAG